AUGACUGAUCUCGGGAAGCUUAAUUACUUCUUGGGCAUGGAAUUUACUCAGACAGCAGCAAGGUUGUUGAUGUACCAGCAAAGAUACAUGAAAGAGUUGUUGGAAAGGUUCAAGAUGGCAUUAUGCAAUGAUGUUAGAAGCCCCCUCGAAGUGAAUGCCAAGUUGAAGCUAGAUGAGACUGAAGAAGGAGUGAAUGAAACGAUCUUCAAACAUGUUAUUGGCUCAUUACGAUUUUUAUGCAAUAGUAGGCCAGACUUGAUGUUCAGUGUAGGCCUGCUAAGUCGUUUCAUGGGAAAUCCAAAGAAGAGUCAUAUGUUGGCUGCCAAGAAGAUAUUAAGAUACGUCAAAGGGACAACUAACUAUGGAAUCUUGUUUCCAUAUGGUUUGCGUGAGGAUGAACUGAAAUUUGUUGGCUAUGCAGAUUCUGACUACGGUGAAGAUCUUGUUGAAAGGAAAAGUACGUCUGGGAACAUAUUCUUCUUCAAUAAAGCACCUGUUUCAUGGAGCUCUAGGAAGCAUAAUGUUGUUGCUCUAUCUAGCUGCGAAGCAGAAUACAUAGCUAAGUGCCAUGCAGCCUGUCAAAAGGGGUUUGGUUAA